AUGGCUGUGCAAGAAGACAGUGGGAGAGCCAACUUCGUUGGUGAAAGCUGGUAUGCAAGUUAUAUCAUAUCGGCGAGUGCUGCGAGUCACUCAGAGCUUCAUCAGACGGUUGAACGAGGCUCGGGCCAGGCGACGAAAUCGAAGUCUUCAAGAUAUCAAGCAAGCACAUGGCAACCGCGGCCUACUGAUCUUCCCACUCAACAUCUUACAGAAAGACUACUCGAAGCAUACUUCACGAGGUUUCAUAUCUUUUGUCCGAUCCUGGACCGAUCAAUCUUCUUAGCCGCAGUCAAGAACGGAAGCAUUUCUAUCACACUAUUGCGAUGUGUUUUAUUCGUGGCUUCGAUCCACUGCGAUGCGGAGAUCUUCCAUCUGAUGGGAUACUCGACACGAUUCGACACCAGCGAUGAUCUGUUCAGCAAAGCGUGUGUGGCAUUCGACAAUGACACCAAGGUCGAUCGUACCACCUUGAUCGUUUCCUCUUACCUGCUUCACUAUUGGUUCGGAAAGCCUACCAGUUAUCGAGAUAGUUUGUGGUGGCUUGCAAGCGCAAUUCGUUCGGCACAAUGUAUGGGCUACCAUCGCAGUACGAAGGAUAGUAAGAUGCCGUCCAGCGAGAAGGCCUACUUCAAAGUUUUAUGGUGGUGCCUCUAUAUUCGAGAUAGGCAAAUAUCGUUAUCGGCAGGAGCUCCUAUGGUCAUCAAUGACCUCGAUCACGACGUCGAGGAACUGAAACCAGGUGACUUCCCUGAUGAAUCUCCAGAGACUGCAAACUACAUGAUCGCGCAAGCGACGCUUAACCAGACAGCGUCGACCCUGUAUUUCCGAUACUGCUCGCCAUCAACACAACAAGGUUCUAUAACACAUGCGAACGCAAGUGCUGAGAUUCAGGAGGCUUUUGAGCUAUGGUAUGCCGACUCAAAGCUCGGCGCUAGACCUACAUCCGACAUCAAAGACCGUCUGGUACUGAUUUUGAAGGUUUGCUAUCAUUUCUACACGAUCAACUUGCAACAGCGACUUCAACGUAUCCACCAUAGCAUGCACCACGACAACUCAUACACUAUCUUCAGGAACGUCAGAAACGCAGCUGACAGCAUCACAGGCCUCAUAGAAGACUCUUUACUAUAUUGGCAACCUGAACACUUCCCGCUCAUCUUCGUGACCGCCAUUUUCUCGGCCAUGACUACGGCUGUUGCCGAUCAUGGAACUCACCAGCCAGAACAGCUCUCACUUAAGUUGCGUCCUAGCCUUCUGGCGCUGAAGCAGUUCGAAACUUGUCACAUUACCGCCCGGUGGAUCCGCACGCUCUUCAUGGACGUUUUGCAACGGCUGGAGCGUCGAUCAAGUAAGAGAUCACGUCGGUAUCGGCAGUCUAGCAAGCGGCAGCAGGCCGGGACUCAGGCGGAGGGAGCCACUAGUGGGCCUGAGAUAUCUGAAAGUCAACAUGUCAUUUCAGAUGAGGCAGCCACAAUACCAAAUCUGCACAGUGGACCAAAUUUUGUCAAUCAGCCUGCUUGCCCUGUCAGCGCUGGGACACCCUCUCUUUCGUCAUAUUCAUUCGAAUCGCCAAAUUCUUAUCUACAUGACUCCUCGAUUGCAGGUGGAACAGCUUUAGACCACGCAUCGUCCACUGGACCUAUGAACACGUCAUUUGUCGACGAUCUAUUCACGCAACCUAACAGCAUGUAUGGGUGGUCAGGUUUCGACAAUUUUCCAUCACCUAGCACGUUGCAAUUUCAGUCGCUGUAUUUCCUAGCUGACCUCGGCAUGUCAAACUUCGAGGGUAACACAAACCCCUGA